AUGCCCUCUCAUCUCCUCACAACCACAAUCAACGACCUUCUAUACCUUUUGCCCACGGUGUCAAAAAUAUCAUCGCCUCCUCGCGCUCUUCCUCAAGGUCAUCAUCUUGUCUACUUCCCUAUUCAAUUGCCUCCCUCGCGUCUCAUUCCUGAUGGCGCAGAUCCUGAUCAUUCGCCCGGCCCGCCUUAUACGCGGCGUGUAUGGGCAGGCGGCGAGGUUAUCUUCAGGGGAGAUGGGAUGAAGCUUGAUGCGAGACCGGCGAUCUGCCAGGAAACGAUUGGGGAUGUUACCUUGAGAGGCAAAGAGGGCCAGGAGAAGGUGUUUGUUGAUGUGUGGAGGAAAUAUGGAACUGGCCAUGAGGUUGAGGGGAGGACAGAGUGGGAUAUUGAAGAGAGGAGGACGUUGGUAUUCAUGAGGGACGAAGAAGGGUCUGCCUCAUCACCUUCACCUUCGCCUUCGCCUUCACCUCCACGUUUGCUCAAGCGCAAGGUUUCUUCAUAUCAAGCUCCAGGAUCAUCAUUACUGACACCAAUCUCAGACCCUCAACCACCAAGGUACUCAAUCUCGCUCACACCUUCGCCAAUACACCUAUUCCACUUCUCAGCGCUCUCAUUCAAUGCUCACUCUAUUCACUUCGACCCUCAGUUCGCGCGAGAAGUUGACGGUCAUCGAGCACUUCUGGUCCAUGGCCCGUUUACUCUUGCUCUGAUGCUUCGCUUCCUCAACGACCGAAUCGGUGCUGGUGUGGCCGUCUACAAGUUCAGCUAUAGGAACUAUGCGCCUCUGUACGUCAACGAGCGCAUGACCAUCAAUAUCCGCAAGGUGUCGAAAGAAGACGGCGCUGAAGGACGAUGGGAUGUUUGGAUUGAGGGGCCAGAAGGAGGAAUGGCUGUCAAAGGAACCGCGGAGGUUGUCAGUAAAUAA